GCCAGGCUCCACCUUCCGAAGGGGCCGCGGAGCUGUCAGGCGGCAGCGCCGGGUCCGCGCUCGGGAGCUCCGGAGAUUGCUCCUCCUCCGCCGCCGGUCCCGCGGAUGGCCCCGAGCGCCCGCCGCCGCCUCGCCUCCCCGUAAGGGACCCGAGGGGUACGGGCUGCGGGGGGCGGGAGCCGCUUGGCCGAAAGGAAAGCUUUGGGUAGGGAUGGAGAGCGAGCGUGGGAAAAGCCCGAGCUCUCGGGAGCGGCCGGCACCAACUUUGCGGCGCUGCCCCCGGUCCCGCAGUGGGGCUCCGGUUGUGCGGGGGGGGGCUCCGAGCAGCCCGUGUUCCCCCCGCUUCUCCGCGGCCGGCUCCGACCCCGUCCCGGGGCUCGGGGUUGGGUUCGGAGAGCUUCGGGAGCGCGGGGCGGGCGGGGAGGAGCCGCGCUGCUUCGGGCAUCGCUGGCGACGGGAACCGCGGGCGCCGGGGCCGGGGCUGUAACCCGGGGAAGAGGUGCACGGGGUGGUGGCGGGGACGGGGCAGAGGCUCGUUUUCCCCCGGGGCUGAGAACAUGGCUGCCAGCGAGCCCUGAUCGCAGCCUGCUAAUGCCCGCGGAGGCUGCGUGCCGCGCUGCCCUCACUGCUGUCUGUACGUGCGUCGGGUCUCAGCUCGGUACCAACCUGCGCGCCCCGCUGCUGGGAGAGCCGCGCUGCCGCUCCCGGGCAGCCCUUCCGACGGGCGAACGGCUCUGCCCCUGCGCGGGGCAGGAGGUGCGGAGCGCCGGGAGGAGGCCGUCUGGAACUUGUUGUUCGGGUUGUUAGCGGGGAUGGAAGGGGAGAAGGGUAACUUCAAAGCUGCGGGGAAACAGCGCCGUUCCACUCAAGGUGCAGCUGACCCUGAGGACUGGCUACCGCGGGGUUCCUGGGGCUGUCCCGCUCUCGUGGCUUCGUGCAUGCAGGAUGCUGCUGCCUCGGGCUGGGGCUCUUCCACAAGACGGGCUCUGCGGUGGUGUCUGAGCAGAGAUCCAGGCUGCUCUGAGAGAAUAUUUGGGGGAAAAAGUGAUGGCAAUGAGAGAGCGACGGCAGGUGCCUGCUCCUCCAAAAGCAGCGCUCAGCGAGGGCGAAGCAUCUCUUGGCAAAGUGCUGCUCUCUGUCCCUGCCCACGGGUGUGAGGGGCUUCAGGUCGGUGCACCCAUGCACAUUUCCUCAGUGCUGCGGGGUGCUGGGAUCCAAAGGGAGCUCUGGUGCCUGCAGAAAGCGCUUUGAGGUUGACUCGGUCUGGGUUUGUUUGCUGCAGUGGGACAGGAGGGAUUUCCACCCCAUUUAAUGCCAGUGGGGCCUCUUGGCUGAACAUCACAGGAGCAGUCAGACCCUUAGGAAAGGUGGGGGCACCCAGGCUGCGGGUCCUGCUCUGGGGCUGGUGGGACACAGCCACCCCCUCCUGUUGGGCCCCACGGGGCACGCAGAGGGCAGGCGAGGUGCUGGCACCACUGGAAAACCCUCUCCUCAUUUUUUGUACCGCUGGGAGGAGAGCUAUUUUUAGGAAGAGGCAAGUUUGAUUUAAUAUCAUGUAAUUUGCUGCUGACAAUUCAGAGGCCGUCCAAAUGAGCAGCAGCUGGAUUCCCGAGGAGGCUUUUUCCUUCUCUCCCUAAGACCCGAGGCUGACAUGCCAGAAGUGGCAUUUGUUGUUCUUCAGAUUGAUGGGGGAAAGCCUCUAGGAGCAGCCCAAUCAGGGCCAUGUCCUGCCCCGCUAUCUCUGAGUAUGGGGACAGAUAGAAGGAGCUGGGAACCACAGCCAGCCCCCCUGCGCCUUUCCUUUGCAAACUGAACUAGCUCCAUGCUCCUAGCCUCUCCCUGUAUGAUUAAAGAUAAAAAACAGUUUCUGGUCCAACUAAGCAGCUCAUUUGCCUGGAAACAGAAAGCACUUUGGGGGGGGGGGGUUUCAGACAGAGCCUCUGGAGUACCUGGAGACAAGCACUGCAUCCUGCGGGAGUUUGGACACAGCGUUCCCACUUGCGCCUCCACUGCACCACCCCCAGCGCUCCAAUAAUUCCUGCUGCAGGGUUUGCUUGAGAUGCAUGUGUCUAUGCGGAGGAGAUGGGAACAUCCCCUCCCUUUGCCUCUGCCUUGGACCCUCUUGUUGUGGAAGGAAAUGGCUCUCUUCUUUUCCCCAGUGAUUGGUGCCUUGUUUUAUCAUCCAAGAACCCCGAACACCAUCCGAGCAUCCCAUCCCAAAGCACCAAAUGCUUUGCUCACACCAUUCGAGCAUCCCAAAGCACAAUUUGAGCAUCCUAAAGCACCAGUGUCUCAACACCUCCCCUGUUCGUUGAUGCAAAGGGAUGCCAACAAGCGUGCACAAAGGGCAUUUGGCCCUGAAUGACCAUCACUUGGCAGCGAUCAAUCCCUGUCUUCCGCAGGUCCAGCUCCAACGGUUUGCCUUGAGCCACAGCUCCCAGCUGCCAGGGCUGGGCACACCUCUCUCACUCAGCGCUGUUUCUCUCCAGGCAUGCAGGUUAUGCUCACUCUGGUGCUGGAACACCGCUCUCCACCAGCCCUGGCUCUGUGUUAUCCAGUUGCUCUCCACCUGGCAGCCAGCACCAAACCAGAAGCCGGCCCUAAAAUCGAGAUCUAAUUGCUCCCGUCUGCUCCUUGAAGAACAAGCGUCUCCAGGGCUGGCUGCGUGUCCUCGGGAAGCUGACAUUUCCCCUGGACCUCAGCCACCGAUUUGGUUAAGUGAAGAAGCUAAUAAAUUUUGAAGCCUGCAAAUUGAUCGGCUGGAGACUGCCACUUUGCUUGAAGCCCUCUGACAUUUCCUCUGGGGCACAGCCUUCCCCAGCACUUUUCUUCGUGUAGGUUCCCCCUCGCCUGGUUUAGAACAUAGAUUUUCAUUAGAAAAGAUUAUCAGCUGUGGGAGCCAGUGAAAGGUCAGGGCUGGCUCCGUGGAUGGAGCUGCAAUCUGUGAGUUUCCAUUCGUUCACAUCCUCUGCCCUGCAGGCAUCGUGAGCUGUGUCUUCUGUAAUUAAUAGCCUCGUUCUUUCUGCCUGUAUCAUGUUGAAUUCCCUUGCAAAAUGCUGAUGGGGAAGCUCUGGCUAGGAGCAGUGGGAUGUGUUUCACUGAGGUUACGCAGGGAAUCUCCCCAUUUGAGGCAGCCUCUCCAGCAGGUGCUGAGCCCUGGGGUGAGCAGUGGCUCAGGAAGCCCCUUGGGUCCAAAGGGUUGGGGAGCUCCAUGGUUCCCAGCAGGACCACACCAGGGGUGACCUGCUGCUGGGAAAGCAGUCUCACCCUCCAUUUCCAAGCUCAGGAGUCCCAGUGACAUUAGCCAUGUCCAUCUGAGAAGGAGUUUUGGUGCCAUGAUGCCAUCCUCUCUUUCUUUCCCACUGCAGGAAGGAGGGUGCUGGCCAGGUGCUCCAGCCGUGGCUGCCCUGAAGCUCUCAGCCUCACUGCCAGAGUGAUGCUGUGUGUGGGACCAGAACCCCUGUGCCCUUCACAGUGCCGACGUGACCCAGCAUGGUGAUGAGCCCAGGCAGCUCCUAGAGUGGUGGCCGGUGGCCCUGCAGCGGCCCCAAGAUGAGUGACGGGGGCUGGAUCACACUCAGCCCCGCUGAAUUCGCCCAGCUCCAGCAGUACACUGACUACUCCACGAAAAAGCUCAAGGAUGUCCUGGAGGAGUUCCAUGGGGAUGGUGUCCUCUCGAGGUACAACCCUGAACAGCCCAUCGACUACGAGGGCUUCCGCCUCUUCAUGAAGACCUACCUGGAGGCAGAGGUGCCCGAGGAGCUCUGCCAGCACCUCUUCACGUCCUUCAAGAGGAAGAGCUGCCAGGCAGCCCCCGAGACCCAGCGCCAGAGCCCCAGCGUCUCGCAGCUCGAGCCCAAGUCUCUUGAUGCCGGCAUCUCCAUCCAGACCGAGGUGGCCUGCGCUCCUGUCACAGGGAUCAACGGGAAAACGCUGCUCAGCGCCCUGGGACGGCACACGGCUGAGCCUAAGGGCUGCCCCAGCACAAUGGCUGAGCCGCAGCCGGCGGCGCUGAGCCCAGCCUCCAUAGCCGCUGCCUCCCCCAGCUGGUCCCGCUCGUCCUCCCAGAAGUCCACUACUGGCACCCCCUCUGCUCACAACUCCUCGGGGUCCUCAAAGAUCUCCUCGGGGUCCCUGCUCAGCCCCCAGUCGCCAGGCUCCAGGAGUUUGGAGAAGAGACUUCCCUUCAGUCUGCGGAAAAGCCAUAGCACCCUGAAAGCUGCCCCCCAGCACCCUCCGGCCCCCCUGGCUCAGGUGGUCUACCUGAAGGACAUCGUCUGCUACCUGUCCCUGCUGGAGAGAGGACGGGCAGAGGACAAGCUUGAGUUUAUGUUUCGCCUAUAUGACACCGAUGGGAACGGCAUCCUGGACAGCUCGGAGCUGGAUCGUAUCAUAAACCAGAUGGUGCACGUGGCUGAGUACCUGGAGUGGGACUCCACUGAGCUGAAGCCUAUCCUGAAGGCGAUGAUGGAGGAGAUUGACUACGACCACGACGGGAACGUGACGCUGGAAGAGUGGAUCCGGGGCGGCAUGACCACCAUCCCCUUGCUGGUGCUGCUGGGAAUGGAGACGAAUGUGAAGGAUGAUGGGCAGCAUGCCUGGAGGCUGAAGCACUUCAAGAAGCCCGCCUACUGCAACUUCUGCCGCACCAUGCUGCUGGGCGUCCGCAAGCAGGGCCUCUGCUGCUCCUUCUGCAAAUACACCGUGCACGAGAGAUGUGUGUCCAAAGAUAUCGCCUCCUGCAUCAGCACCUACGUGAAGUCCAAGAGGAACACCAAUGUGAUGCAGCACACCUGGAUUGAGGGCAACUCCCCCGUCAAGUGCGACCGAUGCCACAAGAGCAUCAAGUGCUACCAGGGCAUCACCGGUCUGCACUGCGUCUGGUGCCAAGUCACCCUCCACAACAAAUGUGCCUCCCACGUCAAGCCGGAGUGCGAUGGGGGCCCUCUGCGGGACCACAUCUUGCUUCCUUCCUACAUCUGCCCAGUGGUUCUGGAGCGGCAAUCCCACUGCCGCAGGUCCGACAGCGAGUCUCCGGCCGGCACCAGCCCCGAGGAUGGGCAGAGCUUCAAGUUCAACUCCACCACAGUGGAUGGGCAAGGGCUGCAGAUCAGCCCCCGGCCUGGGACGCAUCCCCUGCUGGUGUUUGUGAACCCCAAGAGUGGAGGGAGGCAAGGAGAGCGGGUCCUCCGAAAGUUUCACUACCUGCUCAACCCGCGGCAAGUGUACAACCUGGACCGUGGUGGACCUGCUCCUGGGCUGAGCUUUUUCCGGGACACUCCAGAUUUCCGUGUUCUGGCCUGUGGAGGGGAUGGCACCGUGGGCUGGAUCCUGGACUGCAUAGACAAGGCAAACUUGCUGAAGCACCCACCAGUGGCCGUCCUGCCCCUGGGAACAGGCAAUGACUUGGCCCGGUGUCUGCGCUGGGGCGGAGGCUAUGAGGGUGGCAGCCUGAUGAAGGUGCUGAAAGACAUUGAGCACAGCACGGAGGUGAUGCUGGACCGCUGGCAGAUAGACGUGAUUCCCAGUGACAAGGAGGCCAACGGGGACCCUGUCCCAUACAGCAUCAUCAACAACUACUUCUCCAUCGGGGUGGAUGCCUCCAUUGCCCACCGCUUCCACAUCAUGCGAGAAAAGCACCCUGAGAAAUUUAACAGCAGGAUGAAAAACAAGCUGUGGUACUUCGAGUUUGGCACAUCGGAAACCUUUGCGGCCACCUGUAAGAAGCUCCAUGACUACGUUGAGGUGGAGUGUGAUGGGACCCUGCUGGACCUGAGCAACGCUUCCUUGGAGGGCAUCGCCGUCCUCAACAUCCCCAGCAUGUAUGGUGGCUCCAACCUUUGGGGCGAGACCAAGAAGCAGCGUGGCUACAACCGCCUGAGCAAGAAAGCACCGGAGAAACCGCACGCAGCGGUGGUGACCGACGCCAAGGAGCUCAAGUUCUGUGCACAGGACCUCAGUGACCACCUGCUGGAGGUGGUGGGGCUGGAGGGCGCAAUGGAGAUGGGGCAGAUCUACACGGGGCUGAAGAGCGCUGGGAAGAGGCUGGCCCAGUGUUCAGCUGUCACCAUCAGGACCUCCAAGCUGCUGCCCAUGCAGGUGGAUGGGGAGCCCUGGAUGCAGCCAUCCUGCACUGUCAAAAUUACACAUAAAAGCCAAGUGCCAAUGCUGCUGGGCCCUCCCCAGAAGAGCAGCUUCUUUUUCCUGAAGAGGAGAAACCGAACUCGAGAUUAAGCCGAGUGAAAAGAGCCGCAGCCCAGAGGCAACCAGACACCCUGGGCAUCCUGUGGGCUGCAAACCUUCAUCUCUGCACAUCCUGACUCUUCUCCCUGCUUCACAAACACUGCGCUGGAAAGUGGGUGCAGGCUGUGCAGGGCAGGUCCUGCUGCAGGACCCGUGCUGAGGUGGGGAAGGAUUCCAACCCAGCCCACUCAGCCCAGCGGGAUGCUCUGUCUCAGGAACAUUUGGGAUCUCCUUCCCAGCUACCACAAGUAUUUUCUCCAGCCAGGAUCGGAGCAAUGGGCAAAGGCAGCUUGGCGUGCAGGCGUGCUAGAACUGGUUUUUUUUUUUUUUCCCUUUAUUUAAAGAACUACCCCCUUCCUGCCAGCAGAGCUGCAAACGAAUGCAUUCCUGAGAAAAGCCGAGCUUCACUUAUUUAUUUUUAAUCCUCCUGAAGGACACUUGGUGUUUUGCUGCACUGGCUUUCUUGUCCACCAGACCUGCACAUCUGAGAAGUUAUUUAUUUCCUUAGCCUUGAGGACUCGGCUGCCCAACCCUCGCUUCCCUUGCUGCUCUCCAAGCAGGUUUCCAUGCCUUCAGUUGGCUCUCCUGACUUGCUUCAGAGCAGAUGCAGACACAGCACUCGCUGUCGGCUCUGAAGCACGGUGCCACAGGGUGUGAAGCAGGCUGUGUGGGGACACAGCUCACCUGGGAUACGGAGCUGGGCUCAGGGCAGGCAGGAGAAGGCAUCACUGGGAAGAGGGAACAGCCAGCUCUGUGUUUGGACCUCGCAUCUGGAUUUGUAUUUAUGUAUUUAUUGAACAAACUUCAAGGGGUCACUUCCUUCGUAAUGGGAUGAGGUUGGACACAAAUGCCACCCCCAUUUUGGCUGGCCAUCCUUGUGGCAGUGCGCCUGGUGCGGGCUGCAACCCCCAGCAACUCCAUCCUCGCUCCGUGCAGCUGCUGGGAGAGCGAUGCAGCAUUUCCCAUCACCUAAAAGCUCCUCCAGCUUGGAAGCAUCACCUUUUCAUUCAUCCCAGUGAGGACUCACUCUGCUUCAGAUGCUGUUGGGUUGCCACAGGGAGCAAUAUGAGCAGCCGGCCCUUCAGUUUGUUGCAGCCAGGUCUCUCCCUGACCCAUCCCAAAGCCAAGGAUGUGGCUUUGAAGCCCAGCUCCUCCCCCAGAAAACAGAGAAAUGCAUGACAUGCCAUGAGCAGAACGCAUCCCCUGCUCCAAAUAGCUGGGAUCUGCCAGCAGUGAGCCCCAGAAAGGUUUGCUGAUUUCUUCUGCCACCACACACUGCCCCCUAUCCUCUCAUGGCCCUGCACAGAGGACCACGGCUCCAAAGCCAGCCUCCUCCCCCUCCAUCAGCCCCCUCGGGAUGCUCUGUGCUGCUGAGAGCAGCAUUCCCCCAAGUGCAGAGCUGCUGCCGUCAUUAGGUUUCAGAGUUAACAGCACGCUGAAAAGUGUUUGUCACCCCCUCAGGCACAGACACUGUAGGCAGCACCGUUCAAGUGCAGCGACCUGCGCACUCCCUGCGGCACAUAAAUCCACCCUCCUCUGCUCCUCGCCGGGGGCAGCCAUUAAUGAGUAGCCAGGUGAAAGCUUAUGGGACGGGUGCCAAAAUAAACCCUGAAGUUCUCCUGAAACGGCAGCCUCCAUUUCUCCCAGUCCCCUCCCUGAUGUUAUCUGCAGACCUCAACACUGGCACCUGGGGAGGAUUAAAAUGAAACAAAACAACAACCUCAAAGCCUGCACCGCUCUGCUUGGGGCGCAGGAUGACAAGACACGAGGGCAGGGACAUUCAUAGAGGCAGGUUUGGCUUCCUUUCACUCCCCAUUUAGUCUCAACCUGCUGUUUUGUGCUGUGACCAUGGCAGAAGGUGUCUGUAUGCAAGCAGCAGCAUUUUUCUCCGCAGACUGAUCCUUGCACCUGGUCACGGUUUGGUGGGCUCAUGCUUUGGGCAAAGAUCAGUGCCAGGGCCGUUCUGCUUGGCUUUAGCAAUAGUGAUGGCAGAGCAGGGGGGCACAGGUGGUUCGGGCUGCCAGGGCUGCUGCCUCUUCUGUGGGAUGCAGCGUGGAUCAUGCCAGAGGCAUCGCACAACAGGACCUGCAGCUGGCAGCCACCUUAGCCCCAGGCUCUACCCUGGGGGGCUCACAGGGUGAUAGCUGCCUGGCUCAGCCGGUGCCUUUCACACCAGCCCCCAUUUAUACCCCGAAAGGCCAUAGGUUGGAGCUCCCAGCCUCCCCAGGGCAGGCUCUGUUCCCAUCCUCCUGCUAUGUCCGUAGCCAUGGUUGCCUGCAUGGAAAUAGUGUGGCGUCCGUAGCGUAGCGUGUGUUGCCGUGUACACCCGGCCUGCUGUGGGCUUGUGUCAAAUAAAGGUGGUGAUGAAGCACUCAGCUGGUCCUGAGCAUGGGGGUCCCCAUUUCCCAGCCAUUUUGGGGACACAGU